AUAUUGCUUGAAAAUUAAAAUUUCGAUUUUUUUAAUGUGAGUGACAAAACCAAUAAAUCAGAAGUUCAGAACAACAACCUGAAUCGGUCGACAUCAUCGUCCAUGAAUCUGAUGCAGAAUCUGCUGUUCUCUCUUCUCAUUCUUGCUUCCACAAUUCCCUCUUCUCUUGCCAAGGGUGCCUUCAAGAAGAGCCUUGCUUCUUCAGAUUUCAGUAAUGCUAGUAAUGCAAGCAGUGCAAGGCAUUUGCUUGAGGACAAUGAUUCUCGGGCUAAGAGACGUGUUGAUUUGGUGCAAGGAUAUAUGACCAAUGAUGAUCUUGAAAGGGCCAUGAAGGAAUUUGUACAAAGAUGCAGCAACAUUUCUAGGAUGUACAGUAUUGGGAAGAGUGUGAAUGGAGUUCCACUGUGGGUGAUAGAGAUUUCUGACAAGCCAGGAGAAGAAGAGACUGAACCUGCAUUUAAGUAUAUAGGAAAUGUGCAUGGAGACGAACCUGUUGGCCGUGAGCUUCUUAUAUUUUUGGCUAAUUGGUUAUGUGAUAACCAUUUGAAAGAUCCUCUGGCGACAUUGAUUGUGGAGAAUGUUCACCUUCAUAUACUUCCAUCCAUGAACCCUGAUGGGUAUAGCCUAGGGAAGCGUGGUAAUGCAAAUAAUAUUGAUCUGAACCGGGACUUUCCUGACCAGUUCGUCUUUUUAAACGAUGAUGAGGAUUCCCGGCAACCGGAAACAAGAGCAAUAAUGGAUUGGGCGAGAGAUAUACGAUUUACAGCAUCUGCCACUUUGCAUGGGGGUGCACUUGUUGCUAAUUAUCCUUGGGAUGGCACCAGAGAUAAAAGGACGUAUUACUAUGGAUGUCCUGAUGAUGAUACAUUUCAAUUCAUGUCAAGUAUAUAUAGUCACUCCCACUACAAUAUGUCUUUAAGCAAGGAAUUUCCUGGUGGAAUCACAAAUGGAGCAGCGUGGUACCCUUUGUAUGGAGGAAUGCAAGAUUGGAACUAUAUUCACGCUGGCUGUUUUGAAUUGACCCUGGAAGUUAGUGAUGAUAAAUGGCCUAAUGCUUCUGAGCUUCCUAUUAUUUGGAAAUACAACAAAAUGAGCAUGCUAAAUCUUGUUGCAAGCCUUGUGAAGACAGGAGUACAUGGAAGAAUAUACUCUUCAGGUGAUGGAAGGCCAUUACCAGGCUUCAUAACAGUCAGUGGAAUAAAUUACACAGUUAGGGCUGGAAAAGCUUUUGCCGACUACCAUCGCUUACUUGCCCCAAGAGAUAAAUAUGAAGUAGUUGCAACUAUGCCUGGCUACAAGUCAAAGAAUACAACUAUUUGGUUGGAUGAAGGACCUGUGACGUUGGAUUUUGUUCUUGACCCUGAAGGGAGUAUCAAGGGGAGUAUACUGCAGAAUGUCUAUGAUUGCAACUGUAACAGUAAAAGCAAACUAGAAUUUGUUCAGUUUUUUGGGGGAGUCCAUUUGGAAGUUUACUUUGUUUUCAUUGUUAUAUUAGGAUUUUUAUGCUUAUUAUUUCAGAGGAGAGUAAAAGUAAAAAACAGACAGGCAGCAGGGGCAAAAAGAACUGUUGUGGUGUGAGGAUUAGACAAGUGAUUUUUAUUAAACUUUGUUGUAUACUAGGUGGGUAAAAAAAAUCAAACCCUUUUCCAUGCAAAGAUUACUUCAAAUGGCUAAGGUUAAUUCA